AUGUUUGCCUAUCCUUACGUCGACCCUGAUGAUCCGAACGCGCAGGCGGAGUGCACCCCUCCGCGCCCGGCAGGCGGCGCUGCCCGCAUUCUCAUCCCAGACAGCGACAACGAUGACAGCUUGGGUCUGCCGAUCUCGGGGGAGUCUUCACCCAGUGCACGCGCACCGGCGGUACGCACCUUCUCGAAGCGGGCGGCGCGCUGCGCAGCAGCCUUACUGCAGCGUCACGACGCCGCCCCCUCCGUUGUGCACAAGCACAAGUGUCUGCAGCAGAUUGGCCGUCUCGGCGGCGCCUACGGCUCUCUCGCUCACGGUCAGCCCUUCACGAUUUGGAUGCGCUAUCAACACCUCAACGCCCGCGUGAUCCGCGAAACCGAAGCAUUCUUUGGUGGACACAUGGCAGACCACCUUGCCCACCCGCACGUUACACCCAAGAACGGGGUUCUGACAGCGGCGCCGAAGGCGGCCUUUGGCUGUAAUCCUCAGCGUCGCUCGCCUGAGGCUACACUCGGCUGCCGAACUCCACUUCCCUCUAGCCCAUCCCCAGCCCAUGCUGCACACGCCAUGCUGAACAGCUGCGGUGCCGUCGACGUGCAUGCGUUUCCACCGCAGACGGGCUACAGUCUCUCCAGAGGGGAGCAGUGCGCCAUUUCGCUGCUGCUCAUGGACGACACCGCGGAUGCAAAUUGCACGUCGAGCCCACUGCCGACAUUCACCGCACAUCACACGUCAGAUGACGGCAGUCGGCGCAUGGGUCUGAGCGAGUCCCUGUGCGAUAGAUUAUCUCACGAGAGUUGCCUCGCCGACACUAGCGCAGCGAUGCCGUUCUGGAUGUACGACGAAGGCGCAGAUUCUGUCCGAUGCUCUCCAACCCCGGCAGCGCACCACGGUGACAGUCCGAGCGCGGCGCGGCGACACCGUAAGCGCGGCCGCGGCGACACCAUUGGGACUGAGCCGCAGCACCCCAAGGGGCGACGAGGAGAGAUGUGCACGGCAAGGGCACUCGUCUUCGAUGAGCUCAGCCGGUCAUCGUCCUCACAACAAACGACACCUCGUGAGGAGAGCACCACAGCUCGCCGCGACAAACUGGUGCCCCCCUCGCUGUCCGCCACCGUCAUAGAACUUCAGAAUCAACGGGUGCAGUGGGACCUGCUCCGUCGGCAGUCCCUCUUCAGUCCGUUUUGA